AGCAUAGCGAAUGAUGUCAAGUACUACCAUAAACCCUCCCUCAAUUUUAUGGUUCCAUUGCUGGUGAUUGUUUAUGUGACUUUGUUUUCCCCGCGCCCUGGAACAUAUAUGCAAUCAUCAACGUGGUCUGCAGUAUCUAAAGUGGAUGCGUAAGCUGUAGCGGCAAUAGACUCUGGUGUUAGUGGUCUUCUUUACCGUUCCACUCCUUCUAGAAAUUUAGACUUUGAAAAGUCCGACUUGGUAUACCUCCCUUUCUGCUUCAUUUAUCCAAAUCAUGGGCGUAAGUCAAUCUGCAAGUUCGAAAGAAGCAGGUAGGUCUGCCUGUUGCGGAGGCAGCAGGGACGUAGACGAUCAGGCUGCUGGUGCGAGAGAUCCUUUUAUUAAGGGUAGGUUAGAGGCGUUGACGUAGUUACCGCUUGUUUUGCCGCUCUUAAGGGAGAGAGGCAGAACAAACGGGGCACGCGAACACCAAAAGCCUACCUCUAAUUUUUGUUCCAAGAGGGUACGCGCAGCUGAGGGCGAGGCUAGUGCCAUGUCUUGCAGCACGGUUGACGGACAUGAAUUGACCUCAGCAAACAGGAUUGGCGAUAUGUUGCUUCCAGGGAGUACAACACGGAGUCCAGGUUCUACUAUUUCAUUCGUUAAUAGCAGUUGUAUGGUUGGUACCGACGGGGAAGAGGAUCAGGGACGAACCUCCUUUCUUGAGAUUGAGAUACCCAACAUGCUUAGUGGCGACAUAUAUAGGGUCCAACUUCCAGCACAUGAGGUUCUUGAUGCGCAGAGAAAGAGCAAAACUUCUCAGACCGUAAGAACGGUAGUGAUUCCGGUUGAAACUUUAAAACGUGCUCUCAUACGAGCUCAUAGGACCAGGACGACACAAGAAACAUCAACUGCUGGUGAAAGCACAGGUCUACAUCACCAGAACGGAAGCCCGCGGCCUUCAUGGCGUCACAUCGCUCUCUAUGCUGUAGAAGAAGACGAUGCCAACAGCGCAGAUGAAGAAAUGCGCGAUGUUGAGCAUGCACGGAAGUCUGUAGAUGAAGAUGUCGAGAUUGAUGAAAAUGAAACACAGCGGCUUCUGUUAAGGCUUGAUGCUUCCAGUUCAUUUCCGACCGUCAUUUUUCUUCGGUUUCCCUCUUGGAAUACCGAAGUGAAAUGUUUUGCAAAGAAAUGAAAAAAUGUUUUGAGCUCUAAUUUUCUUCUCCGUGCAAAGAGACAGGGCUUCAUCGCUUCGACUUGAAUACAGUGCCAUAAGCAUGAACAGCAAUGAUGUAGAUGAAGAGAUGGGUGACCAUACACAUAAAGUUCUGACAUUCUUUAUUCGCGAUCGACUCGAUCGGAAACGCCUUGAGCUCGAAGCAAGCAAGGACAGUGCGUGGGGACUGAUAAGUGCGACACCGCCUUCGCCUAGGGACGAUUAUGAACCUGACGACAGAGACGUGGGUCCCAUGGUCUGGUUUCUCUUAGGGCUCUCACUAUUUCGUUUUUGGCGGCAUCCUUGAAAAUGAAAAGUAUGAAAGUACAGGUAAAUGCUCGUCCCGCAUAUUUUUCAAGGAUGCAGCACGCAGAGAAAUGAACUAUACGUAGAGGAGCGCUAAUCCUUUGGUCGCUGGCUUUUCGAGUUUAUGGAUUUAUAAACGCUGCUCGAGAGAUACAUCCCGGGUGCGAAGAGCGACAUCCCGGAUACUUCACGAAAGCAAUGGGAUUGAAAACGCUUGAUGAGCUUUUUGAUUCGAACGGGGAAGAGCGUAUUUAAGGCCAACAUCAUCUAGUUCAUUGCAUCAUCGGAAGAAGUGCUCCUGACACACUUUUUUGACUAGAGAAGAACUUCAUCAAGCUGAAAUCACCUGAGAGAACACGACUAUUUUUCAGAAGAUGGAUCACCGUAACGGUAACCAUUUAGUUACUUCUCACUCGAUUUUUACAAUGUUGUCCUCACACGCGGACUCACUCAGGGUGAAGAUCAUGAAGGAAGAGUAUUUGAUGUGAUUCUAUCCUUUCGAUUAUUUUUACGCUUACAACAGCGGCCUCCUCCUCACUUAGGGCAAGGAAAGACUAGCACUAGUAGUAGACCACUAAUCGUGGCUUCAGGCUGUAGCUCAGUGGAAGACGGUGACACCGGAAGAGGAAGCAGAAUGUCGAGAGUUUGCGCGCGACGUUGCUUCUGUGCUUACAGUAGAAGAGGUCGCGCAGGUCUUGAAGACAGGUCUCCCGAGUAAGAAACGUCUCUCGAGUGUUAGCUUUCUGUUCAAAAACGGGGAGGCAUCGUCCCGGUCCGCUGAAGCGACUCAAAAACGAUCGGUGCAUGGGUGGGAACGGAACGAACGAAUCCCACAGCUAGAGAAUCCUUCAGAAUGGACGGAUUCAAGAGUGUGGAUGAGGCACUUUGAAUUCUUCUCCACUGAUGUCUGGCGUGCACUCUUGUUCAACCGACCUGAUUUUGCGUGGACGCGGAAAACGAAGGACACUGCUGACCCUCCUCGGGACACCACUGAUGGAGGUUUCGGUGAUCCUGACGGCGCUGUCGGAGCGUCCUCUCCGUCUCUCAGAAAGGACGAAAAUCGCACCAACAAGCUGUGCGAAUUUAUAUUUGCGUUACGGUGUAGGGUUCAUCUCAGACGUAGGUAAAUGGGCUAAGUUAAACAACAUUUUCUUGACUUGUGAUGUAAUUCAAACAUUUUUUUCUUAGAGUAUUCAUACGUACAAGAAGAAGCACUUCAAAUUCGACCCGCGUCGGCGGUGCGUUCUUGCGAGCGCAGCCGCCGCGCCUCGAGUGAUGAAACAGGGGUAGAGGAGCAGCGGCCGCUGUGGCAAAUCCCUCGCUGCCUGCUACAAUGGUGCGGGGCCGAGCCAGGCGGAGGCGAAGACAGAACACGGAGGAGACAAGUAAACACGCGACGACAAAGAGAACGGAGACAGUUAGGAAGCACGAACGACGACGAACGAAGCACGUAACUAUGAACGACAAGCAAACCCAGCCCGAAAGUCUCGGGCUGAAUGAAAGUGACCGAGAAAGCAACGGCCACCAGGCACCCCGACCGCGCUACACCGCUACCCGCGUCAGCCGCUACCCACAUACGCCGCCACCCGCACAGCCCGACACGCCCUAGCGGGCGGCGACGAAGAGGCAACGCGCGACCAGCAGGGCUAGACACACCAUAGUCGCAGCGGCGACAAUAGCACACAACACACGAAGCGUAAAGAAGUCCGGCGAGAUCGUACGCAUUGCCCGGGGCGCAUCAAUACAAACAAAGUAGCUGAAGUUCCAAUAUCUUUUUUUUAAUGAGUUCUCCUUCUAACGAUCUACGCUCCGGGAAGCAUUAUCAUCGAGCUCUUGCAAGUGGCUUCUGAGGACGUUCCACAAGAAGAAGCUCUUCAUGGAAGCCGUUUUGUCGCAACCUUGCCGCCUCCGCUUCCCGAAGAGGCUGUUAAUGCACGCCCUUGCGUCCAAAUCUUGCUUCAUUGCAAUCAGAAUCUGAAGCUCCGGGAACAAGACGAACACGUUGUGGUAGUACGAUGCCUCCUCCGGCAUCCGCUUUUUGACUUUAGUAACAUUAAGGCGUCUAAUUUCCCUAAUGGAUCCAUUUGCCCCAGCAUAUCCUGGGACCCGGCUUAAGGCCUCUUCCCCUAAUGGAUCCAUCUUCCCCAGCAAUUUCUAAUAACAGUUUCUUUGCCGAUUGGCUCUUUUUCGACUUCUGUGAUAAGGUGCCAGACGCUGUGAUGCUCGAAAUUCUAAAAGCGGACCUCCCCUUCUCUGAGGCGCAGUGGAAUAUUUCUUUGCCGUGUUUCAGAGAUAACAGUGUCGUCAGCGGCGCUCUCCGCUUUCGGUCAGAAGAAGUCUGCAUGGAACUUCUCGAACCAAAGCGUCGGGGGCACCUACUUAAACUGUGGCAAUUUCUUGGAGAGCCGAAGGAAUUCUUCUGUUUGGAAAGACUGACGUGGUGUGAACGACCGGGAGAGCUGAGUCUCUUCAGCGCGGUUGACUACCUCAAACUUGCGCAAAAACAUCAGUCACGCGCCGUUGUGGAACGCCUAAUCGAGUGCAUGAAGGAGCAGCCGGAGGCAGUGGAAGAAUUUCGCAAAGCUGGAAAAAAUAUAUUUGAGGAAGAUUUUCUGGACAAGUUGUCCAUGUCUUGUUACACAUCAUCAUCUUCAUCAUCGUCAUCAUCAUCAUCAUCAUCAUCAUCAUCGUCAUCACCUCGGGACGCCCCAGAUGAAUGAGAAAGCUGUAACCUACAAACGACUAUAAAACUGUACAGAUCUACUUUAUGAACUAUCUUCUACAGAGAAAAUAUGGUGUGCGAAGGCGUGCGACCACACAAGAAGAACAGAGGAAGAUAAAAGCAAACUUUUCUUGUUGAAUACGCAAACUGCACAUGCACAUAACACACUCAUCACGCAAUACUACGAGCCGCUAACUACAAGCCAUUGAGCUACAAUAUAAUAAAAUCGUUCGUGCCUUUGGUCUUGGCUAUGUAUCAUCCUAUUGGCAAGACCAUGCUUUGUCCUUAAUCAGUCAAAAAUCUAGUCCCUUGGCAUCUUUUAUGAUAGAAGACUCACUACGCCAUUUCUACAAGGGUCGAGUGUACGGCUCUUCCGAUAGUUGUAGACUUGUGGCCGAAUGUGCGGUCUUAUGCGCCCCCAGUAUGUAACUUGUAUGACAUUAGUUGAGCGAGGUAUUUAAUUGUGUGAUUGGGCGGUGGCAUAUAGUCCUAACUCAACUAACGCAAAAAAAAAACAACGGAAAGGCUCAGGAACAUCAUGAUCAAGGAAACAACAGGAGCAAGAAGACCACCACGACAGCAGCGCCAAGAUCAUCACCAUGAGCAUCAUCUUCAUCAGCAUGAAGAUCAUCAAGGUCAAAGUCUUCAGCUCUUUGUUUAGCGUGUGCAGUAAAUGGCUACUCAGAUGAUGAAAGUAUAUUAUAGCCUAUAUUAUAAGAGGGCCGUGACUGAGUUGUGAGCCUAGUCGUAGUCGGAUGAAGGGCGCCAAGCCCGAGGGAUCUUCAUAGAAGAACAACAACAACAAAAGCCAACUAAGUAUUUCGCUUUCUCAUUUUUACGCUGUGCUUGUGCAGAUAAUUAGCACUAGUCACAGGACAG